GCGCUGUCCACGGCUCCUGGACCUAGAGCCGCAGCCCUGCAGAGUGGACCUGGCCCCGGGGCUGUGCGGGACUCAGACUUUUCCUGUCACACUUGCCUUCCACCCCAGGGUGGUGCCCUGCGGAUUUUAUGUCCUUUCACUUUCUCUUUAGAACAAAAAGUGGAGAGAAAACCUGAGCACAAGGCCCGAGGUGACAGCAACCCUGGUAACCUGGCUUUGGGAUUCCAGCCCCUCUGUGUGACCUGUGUUCAUUUCAGGGCUGUCACAGCAAAAUGCCAACGACUGAGGCGACCCAAACUCGUGUUGCUCGGCUCCGGAGGCAGAGCUGGGGCUGGGUGCGGGCAGCCUGGUCUCUCCGAGGCCCAAAGGCUUUGCAAAUGCAGGUGGGAGGUCCCUCACGUCCACCCUCUGUGUGGCACCUGUGUCCCAGUGCCCACUUCUUACAGGACAUUGGUCAUGUAGAUCGGAGCCGCACACCCCCAUUUUAACUUGAGCUCCUGUCUCCAAACAAAUCCCACUCCAAGUGACGGAAGCUUAGGCUUCAGCAUGCGUGUGGGGACCCUUUGACCUGGGACCCGGGCCACUGAGAAUCGUCCAGGUCUCAAAGAAAAUGGGCUCCCUUGGGUCUGCCCUGGAGGGAUUCACCAGGGGUCUCCUUACUGAGAGAAAGCCAUCCUAGUGGAGGGGCUGGGCUGACUGGGCCCCAGGGGAAAUUGACAGAGCCCCAUCGGGAGGAAAUAGCCAGCCAAACCGGGUGUUCUGGGUCACUGCUCGGUUUGUGGGCUGAGCUCCUCUUGGUUUGCCCCAAUUUUUCUUUCAGCAGAACUUGCUGGAAGCCAGCUCAGGGGCGGCUGUGGAACCCAUGAUGUUUAGUUUGUUUUUGUUCUCAGUCUUGGUGGCGGACACCUUUAAAAUGAAAUCGGGCCCUUGAAAUCAGCUGUUUUAAGCUCGGCAUAAUUUGAGCUCUGACUUGGCUUCUGACAAGGAGGUUAUUGUGUUGUCGCUGCCAGCCCUGCCCAGGAGGAGGCCUAUGGGAGGUUUGCAAGGAGAGCGAUGGGGGCUCACUGCACCCCCAACUGACAAGUUCUCUACUUCAUUGUGUUCCACUAUCAUCCCAGACUGUCGUUACUGACCUAGGAAUUCAAAACUGAGAUAAAUCCAGUGUCCUUUCAAAAGGAUUUUAGAUUUGGCAAGAGUCACAUUUUAUAAUAAUCUACUCCACUCCCUCUUUGGUCCCCCAGGAAAUCACCAUGAGAACAUCCCGCACUAGUGGGCUGCGGGAAGGCUUGGCCCAGAGAUGCCAUAUUGAGGGACCUGUCCCUGUUUCACUGCGGCUCAGGGGUGGGGGACCCACUGCUGGCUCUGGGUGAGUUCAGUCCAGCGAGGGAGAGGCAAGACCCAGAGCCCAUCUCAUCAGCACAAAGCCACAGGUGCGGGGUGUGGGGAUCUGGGACAGAGUGCACAGGGCUUGCAGGUCCUGGAAGGGAGACCCCCCCCCCUCCCCGGCCGGGUGGGAUAGGCCUUGGACGGGAGACAGGAAGGGAACAUCUGGGUUAGGAGGAGAGGGAAGGGGGCACACAGUGGGGGGGGGGCAGCUGGAGAAGUGGGGUGAGCUGACCUGGGCUGUCUUUUCCCGAAGGGUGUCAUGUGGCACCCGAGGAGUUUGGGGGUCCUUCGGCAGGUGACCAGAAGCAGAGCAAGGCUUGCAGUCUGUAGCUGGAUCUGAUCGCUGUCCUGUGUAGACAGGCAGCCCUGGCUGCAGUGCGAAGGGUCAGUAUUGGAGGGGCAAGGCAGAGGCCCAGGGGCAGGCAAGUCAGGUGCAGGGACCCGGUAGUGGGGGACAUGAAGGGCAACAGAGGCCCAGGGAACCAAGGACCCCCUCUGUGGGUCAGUGUCCACCCACAGCUCCUGGAAUUAGGUGGGGUGUGUUCUCCCCCGAGAUCCCACAAGGCAGGCAUCUGUGACCACACAGGGACCCCGUGCCCCCGGUGACAUCGCUACCUUGUCUUUAAUACUCCUGACUUCUCUCUGCAUGCGUGGGAAGUACAAUCGUUUCUCCCCCCCAGUUGAAGUUGGAAGGGGCAGGGAUGGGCACAGUACACAACGCAAAACUGACUCUUUCACAGUCACCGUGGAUUCAAGGGUUACACUUGGGCUUUGCUGGACAAUGCGUUUUAGCUUCGGCUCACUGAAUUCCAUAGAAAAUCCAGAAUACAGCGAGGGAAGUUGAGAAAGGAAAGAAAACAGGAACAGAGGGGGCCUUGUGUGGAAGGCACCGCAUCCCUGGGUUAUCAGGGAGGAUACUAAAUUGCCGAAUGGGGUCUUGUGUUUCUUGAAGCCAAUGUCAUUUAUCAUAGGAAUUAUGGACACAAAAAACUGUGUUGGAAGCUGGGAUGAGGUUAGACAGUUGGAAACCUGGUUGAUGGCAAAGUGUUCUGCAGAAACAGGAUUCUUCCAAAAUAUAGAAGUGUAGCAUAUAGUAAGAUUCUCUUGGUUUCAUGUAACUAUUACAUUUAGUAUUCAUAAAACUGUCACUAACACCUAAAAAUAAUUGAUUCUUCCCGCUUUUAAAAAACCUGUGGUAGGCACAGUAGUUUGCCAAAAUUCAUGUCAGAGCUGAAAUAAUUUACUCAUCACAAAAGAAUUGUAAAACAAAAAAAUUUUUUUUCCAAAUUAUAGCACUCAGUAAUACCAGCUCUUGGGAGGCUGAGGCAGGAGAGUCGUCACAAGUUCAAAGACAGCCUCGGCUACAAAGUGAACUCAAGGCCAGUCUGAACUGCACAACAAGACCUGGACUCAAAAAGACACACACACACAUCAAAUGACACCUACGCUGAUGCCUCUUGUCCAUGCCAUGAUCUUUGUGAUGUCAUCUUCAGGUCCCGCGGGGUUCUCCUGAAGGAAUCUGGAAUCUUUUGUGGCUCCACUUUAUCAUAAAUAUAAAGUACUGGGACCCAUACAGAUGUGGGCCUCUGAUCAUGUGGGUUGCUAGGAAAAGCAAGUCUGUUUGUCAUUCUGUAAUUCAUUCUGCGAUCUGUACAGCUGUUAUUUACCCUAAACAGUGACGUCAGGGUGAGUCCUCUCCUGCCGAAGUCAUCAGUUAUGUGUUAACCUUUGAACUGGAAAUUUCUUCUUCCUCCCACUGUUGAAGCAGGGGUUACUGGAAGACCAUGGCAGGAAGAGUCCUGCAGAAGUUAGACGUCCUGGAAGGGCAGGCAAAGACCCUCCUGCGCCAACGAGCCAAGAAAAACAGGCUUCAGAAUGUGGAGAUAGGAAAGACUUUGGUUACCCCCCUGACGUUUGACUUUCGUUUGGAAUUUGAAGAGGCUACUGCUGUGCCCACACAUAAGCCGGCAUCGCAGACCACAGCAGACAAGUUGUGCGACUCUAAGAAACCAAAAAGGUUUAUCUCCCUCAGAUGUGAACCUGAACCUAUCAAAAGCAACUUUGAAAAGUGUAAUUUGAGACCACACAUUGUCACUCUGGACAUAAGAAAUCAAGAAACACCAGAAGUAGAAGAAAAUCUAAAAUCAAGAUCUAGGAGACCCUUUCUUUAUCUUAAGGACACAAGUGAGGCCAAACAUUCUCAGCACAGACAAGGACUCCAGAGAUCACUGCGUUCUUUCCUCUUUUCUCCUGCACUCAGCAAUCAAUCCCAUGCUUAUGAAAAGGAAAAAGAUUCUACUACAUUUAUAGGUCAACGUGACAACAAAACCAGUAAAUCAUGGCAUUCCACUGGCCAUUUGGAAGAUUCUGGAAAUGAAAGGAGGAUGUGUCCUCCCUCGGCGAGUGACUUGCGGUCAGAGGAAAAUCAGUCAGCCCCAAAAGACCGGGCAAGUACAUGUGGUUCAGUGGCGAAGCGCAGCCUGCUGCCCCUGUGCUUUGAGGACGAGCUGAGAAACCCGAACGCCAAGGUCAUCCAGGUGACUCCGGGGAGGAGUGAACCUUCUCACAGGGUUCAAGAUGACAGGAAACCCAUAAUUUUCCAUGAAUCACAAUAUGUGCAAACAUUACUCUUGACAAAAAAUAGAUUUUCCACCCACAUUCUGGAAAACGAAAAAAUUCAUCCAUGUAAAAGGACCAACUUUGUUUUAGAAAGAAACUGUGCAACCCUCAAAUCUUUAGAUAAUGGUACAUUUAUUACUCUUUCCAGACCCCAAAAAACACCGCACACUGCAGGGAGAAGAGAUGGACAAGCCAAAUCUCAUGAAACAGGCCACAGGACCAUAAAAAGUAAACUGAGGAGGAAGACUAAGGAUCAGACUCCAGGAACCGGGUCUUGGAGUACACCUCAUGGUCUCCCACAGACUCUCUUCAGCCCAACAGAGAAAGCUGCGGCUAACCUGGGUGUCAAAACCGGUAUUCAGGAAAGAAGGACGGCGGCUGCCAAGCUUGGGGGAACAUUUUCUACCCGUAAACCAGGAAGCCCACACAAAUUCAAUGCCUUCCCCCCUGCAAGCCACUUAAAGCCUUUAAGACAUAAACUCGACCUACGAAAACUACACAACGCCACGCCGCUGGAUAAUCUGUUAACACUUGCCAAAGGAAAAUUAAGCGGCUCCCAAGACACUGUCUACCCAGCAAUAUUGGCCUGACAAGAAGCAGAUCACCAAGUUCCACAGUCCUAGAAGUUCUUACCCAAACAGUGAUGAUCUGAUCCAUAGGAUAGAAGCUGGAGUUAGAGGUUGACAGUGAUCUGGUCAAGAGCAGUCAACUAGAUUGAUCAGCUGUCACUGUUCCCGCAGGGAAGCCUGAUUCCCGACCAACAAGGGUGCAGGCAGGCUGGAAAUUUGCCGUUGGGAGCUGAAUUGCACUAUAAUUUGCUAUCAAAAUGGAUAAAUAUCACUGACUUAAUAAAUGCAGAGUUAAUCAUACAACAGCAUCUUUUUGGAAUCAUAGGAAAACAGUAUGACGUUAGCAAUUCAUGCAGUUAAAAAUGCUUUGUAACAUUUUAAAUGGCUUUUUUUCAUUAACAUUGCUGACACUUAAUUACUUAAUAUUUAAAAACACAUUAUUACAUUGCCAUUUUGCUGUUUCUUGUUAACUUGCCAUUAACUCAAAUAUUAUAAAGGCAGGAUUCAUCUUAGAAAUAAGCUACAGCUCAAAAGCCCGCUUGUAUCCAUUUCCUUGGAAUUCAGAAUGUAAUUCACACAAAAAUAACCUCGGAGUCAUGAGGUGUGGCUGAGUGGUAGAGUGUUUGCCUAGCACGCACAAGGCUCUCGCUUCAGUCUCCUACACAGGAAAAGAAAGGACCUUGGAAGUGCAGUAAUUAAUUCCAAAUUACCCCCCAAAAGACUACAUAACUUGCAAUUUUACCUCAUAGCAUUUAUGUGAAAAUAGAAAAGGUGAUUUUGAUUAUUCA